AUGCGUUUGAGGGUGCUGCACACCGUUUCGAACGGUGUUUUUGGGAUUUUGCCCUUUUUGCCCACUUUGGAAAAUUAUGCGGUGGUAUCGCGUGCUUCUCGCUCGCGGCGGCUUUCUGUCCAAGCCACCAGCGACGCUACCCCAACGUCCACACUAGUCUCACCCCAUUUCAUCGUCGCGGAGAAUACCAAGCCAAGAUUUUUAAGAUCUGAAGACUUAUGUUACGGGGACCGGCAGUCGUUCAAGAACGGUGAGAGCAAGAAUGGCGUUAGUGGCAAUUCGGACGAGAGGGCAGGGGCACUCGAAAAGCUUACGUCGUCCAAGACCUUCAAGUCGAUCACACAGGGUGUAUCGAAAGCCACCAACACAUUCAGCGAGAAGAUCUCGCCCGCAUGGCCCUUAAAGGCAAAGCUGCAAGUGUGA